AAUUGCCGAGCUCACAGACCACAGGACUGCUAUCCUGCUCAUGUUCUUCUAGGUGACUCUGGUGCCAGCUGGUGGAGCAGUGUGGUGAUGGCGUCACUUCAAGACAGGCUGUCCACUGAUCAGGACCUGCUGCUGAUGCAAGAAGGCAUGAUGAUGCGCAAGGUGAGGUCCAAAAACUGGAAGAAGCUAAGACACUUCAGACUUCAGAACGAUGGCAUGACAGUCUGGCAUGCGCGGCAGGCGGGCAGAGCCAAGCCCACCUUCUCAAUCUCUGAUGUGGAGAGAAUACGUUUGGGUCAUGAUUCUGAGUUGCUGCGCAACCUGGCAGAAGAGUUCCUGGAGCAAGGCUUCACUAUUGUCUUCCAUGGCCGCCGCCCUAACCUCGACUUGAUAGCCAACAGUGUUGAGGAAGCCCAGAGCUGGAUGCAAGGACUUCAACUGUUGGUAGACUUUGUCACCAACAUGGACCAACAGGAGCGACUGGACCAAUGGCUGAGGGAUUGGUUUCAGCGUGGCGACAAAAAUCAGGAUGGUCGGAUGAGUUUCCAAGAAGUUCAGCGGCUGCUGCAUCUGAUGAACGUGGAAAUGGAUCGAGAGUAUGCCCUUAGUCUCUUUCAGGCAGCAGAUGUGUCUCAGUCUGAUACCCUGGAAGGAGAAGAAUUUGUGCAGUUCUAUAAGGCAUUGACUAAGCGUACAGAAGUGCAAGAACUGUUUAAAACUUUAUCUGAUGGGCAGAAGCUGACCCUGCUGGAAUUUGUGGAUUUCCUUCGAGAAGAGCAGAAGAGACAGACCGGGGCUCCUGUUGCUCUGGAACUCAUCAACCGCUAUGAGCCAUCAGACAGUGGCAGACUGCGGCACGUGCUGAGCGUGGAUGGCUUCCUCAGCUACCUCUGCUCAAAGGAUGGAAGCAUCUUCAACCCAGCUUGCCUUCCCAUCUACCAAGAUAUGACACAACCUAUGAACCACUACUUCAUUAACUCUUCUCACAACACAUACCUCGUGGCGGAUCAGCUUUGUGGCCAGAGCAGCAUCGAGGGAUACAUACGGGCCUUGAAGCGGGGGUGCCGCUGCGUGGAGGUGGAUGUAUGGGAUGGACCUAGCGGGGAACCUGUUGUUUACCACGGCCACACCCUGACUUCCCGCAUCCUGUUCAAAGAUGUCUUGGCCACAGUAGCACAGUAUGCUUUCCAGACAUCAGACUACCCACUCAUCUUGUCCCUGGAGAACCACUGCACCUGGGAGCAACAGGAGACCAUGGCGCGGUAUCUGACUGAGAUCCUGGGGGAGCAGCUGCUGAGCACCACUGUUAAUGGCAUGCCCUUGAAUCAGCUGCCCUCGCCCGAGCAGCUUCGAGGGAAGAUCUUGUUGAAGGGAAAGAAGUUAACAACACUUGAGGAGGAUAUUGAGGAAGAAGAGAAUGAGGAGCUACAACCUGAGCUGGAGAGAGAACAGGGGUCAGAGGUGGAGCUAGACCCCUUCUUGGAGCCUGAGCCUGAGCCUGAGCUUGAGCCUGGGCACGAGCCUGAGCCUGAGUCUGAGCCCCAGGAACCAAGUUCUCGGAGUAAGGACAAACAAGAGAAGAUAGCCAAGCCUAUCUUGUGUCCAGCCCUCUCUGCCCUGGUUGUCUACUUGAAGUCUGUCUCAUUCUACAGCUUCACUCAUUCAAAGGAACACUACCAUUUCUAUGAGAUAUCAUCCUUCUCUGAAGCCAAGGCCAAGAACCUCAUCAAGGAGGCUGGCAACGAGUUUGUGCAGCACAAUGCCUGGCAGUUAAGCCGUGUAUAUCCCAGCGGUCUGAGGACAGACUCAUCCAACUACAACCCCCAGGAACUCUGGAUUGCAGGCUGCCAGAUGGUGGCUAUGAAUAUGCAGACCGCAGGACUUGCAAUGGACAUCUGUGAUGGGCUCUUCCGUCAGAAUGGUGGCUGUGGCUACGUGCUGAAGCCAGACUUCCUGCGUGAUACCCAGAGCUCCUUCCACCCCCACAGGCCCAUCAGUCCUUUCCAGGGCAAGAGACUCUUAGUUCAGGUGAUUAGUGGUCAGCAACUCCCCAAAGUGGACGACACCAAAGAGAGGUCCAUUGUGGAUCCACUGGUGAAAGUGGAGAUCUUUGGCAUUCGUGCAGAUACAACCUGGAAAGAGACCAGCUAUGUGGAGAACAACGGUUUUAAUCCAUACUGGGGGCAGACACUAUGCUUUCAUGUCCUAGUGCCCGAACUUGCUGUGUUGCGUUUUGUGGUAAAGGAUUAUAACUGGAGACCCCGACAUGGCUUUAUUGGUCAGUUCACUCUGCCAUGGACCUGUAUGCAACAAGGUUACCGUCACAUACACCUGCUCUCCAGGGAUGGUAUCAGCCUCCACCCAGCUUCCAUCUUUGUGUACAUCUGCAUCCGGGAAGACCUGGGGCAGGAGAAAUCUUGAGGCUCAGUCCCAUACUCAGAUCUACUAAUCUCUCCCAUCAACUUUGGUGUGAAGGCAGAUUGCAACUAAAAACCCAGAGGGGCUUGGAGCAGAAAAACCUACAGAAGCAUUAUCUCCUUCACCCCUAACUUCCUCAAAACCCAGAGCAAAAAGAAGGAUAAAUCAAGGCUCAAGGCACCACAGGCAAAGGUUGGGGAAGGAUUCCUGACACCAGGACUGUACUAUGAUUCUCCAGAGAACACUGCAUAAGCCUCAGUCCCCACUGGACUGCUCCUCAUUAGCUGGUGUAAAUAGAGCUUUUCUCUUCAAUUUGGCUCCAGUAUGGUCUG